AUGGCGGCGGGAAGUAGCAUCGGUGGUGGGAGGCACUGCUCGAAAAGCGAUGUCAAUUCUGGCUUCCUGGGUCUGCGGCCCACUUCAGUGGACCCGGCGCUCAGGCGGCGGCGGCGAGGCCCAAGAAAUAAGAAGCGGGGCUGGAGGCGGCUCGCACAGGAGCCGCUGGGACUGGAGGUCGAUCAGUUCCUGGAGGACGUGCGGCUGCAGGAGCGCACGAGCGGGUGCGUGGGGCGGGACUUCCCGGGAGCUGGGCCACGUUGUGCGGGGCCAAACCUGAAGAAGAAGAGGACCAAAGUCCAGAAGAAGUCAUUGCUUCUCAAGAAACCCCUUCGGGUUGACCUCAUCCUUGAGAACACAUCCAAGAUCCCUGCCCCCAAAGACAUCCUUGCCCACCAGGUCCCCAACGCCAAGAAACUCAGGCGGAAGGAACAGCUAUGGGAGAAGCUGGUGAAACAGGGCGAGCUGCCCCGGGAGGUGCGCAGGGCACAGGCCCGGCUCCUCAGCCCUUCCACGGCCAAGCCCAAGACUGGGACCCAGGACACUGUUGAGCGACCCUUCUAUGACCUCUGGGCCCCGGACAACCCUCUGGACAUGCCAUUGGUUGGCCAGGAUGAGUUUUUCCUGGAGCAGACUAAGAGGAAAGGAGUGAAGCGGCCACCGCAUCUGCAUACCAAGCCCUCCCAGGCACCUGCUGUGGAGGUGACGCCUGCUGGGGCCUCCUACAACCCAUCCUUUGAAGACCACCAGACCUUGCUCAUGGCGGCCCAUGAGGUUGAGCUUCAGCGGCAGAAGGAGUCAGAAAAACUGGAGCGGCAGCUGGCCAUGCCCAUUGGGGAGCAGAUGGCCACCCAGGAGUCUGUGUUCCAGGAGAUGUGUGAAGGGCUUCUGGAGGAGUCGGAUGGGGAGGGGGAGCCGGGCCAGGGUGAGGGGCCUGAGGGUGAGGAGCCUGAGGCCGGAGGAGCCAAGGCAUCGUUGGCACCUGCCCGCCUUGCCCCUGCGGAGAAGAAGACAGAGCAGCAGCGGCGGCGGGAGAAGGCUGCCCGCAUGCUGCGGGCACAGCAGGCCGUGGUGCGGGCUGCCCGGCUGCGGCACCAGGAGCUCUUUAGGCUGCGUGGGAUCAAGGCCCAGCUGGUGCACAGAUGUAGGUCCCAGAACCUUCAUCUCCCCUAG